UUAUUAAUCAUAUAAAACAUAUUUAAAUAUCUUGGCAAAAACUCAAACAAAAAAAUAAGAAGUCCACUUCCAUAUCGUUUGAAUGACAGUAGAUUGCUGUGCAGUGUUGCUAUGUGCAGUUUUAAGUGGAAAAUGUGGAAAUGGCCAUGACGUGGGCCCUUUAAUGGUAAAUUAAAAACACUGAACAGUUACUUUUAACGUUAGCAAGUUAUCCGUUAGCUUUGUAUUGUCUGUUCAGAGUUAAUAUGAUGUAUACGUCUUUCGUUGUUCAGGCUUCAUGGUCUAUAAAUACAUUAUUAUACAAUAUUAAAUAUCUGGGAUAGUUUACCAUCUCCUUGAUGUUUGAAGAGUUGACUGUAGCUUUCAGAACCGCCACUCUUCUUACAGCAAACUGUAACCGGAUUUAACCUUCAAAAUAAAGGUUAUUCUUGGAAAGUAAAUCAUGAGCGUACAUUACAUCUUAUCGUUUUAUUAAAUUGUAUUCUAUUGACGGGGUUUAAACGAUGCCAAAUCAAACUUUUCAAUUAAUAAAAUGAUUACAUGUGGCAUCACCGCACACCGCCAUAAACUGUUAUCAAAAAUACGUGCUUGUUUUAUUUUGAAAAGUUAAACCGGAACACGACCGUUUCCCUCUACCUCGCGUCAUGUAGCCGCCAUUUUUGAGCUACAAAUAAUAAAAAACAAAUUAUAUUUGGGUUUUGCGAAGAAAUAACCAAAGUGUAACAAUCAGCUUACGUAUACCAGAAAUCCGCGUUUUAAAUAUACCUUUGAGACUACUUCAUUGUAAGGCAAGUAUACCGAGUAUUAAUGAUACAUAAGAUGUCGCUGGUGGGUCUCGGGCAGCAGCUGCUGGAGGCGGUGAGAGGCGGACAGGAUGAUGAUGUUAAAGCUCUGAUGGCCAAUGGAGCUCCAUUCACCACAGACUGGCUGGGCUCUUCCCCGCUGCAUCUGGCGGCUAAAUACGGUCAUCAGUCCACGGCCGAGGUGCUGCUGCGGGCCGGGGUCAGCAGGGACGCCCGCACCAAGGUGGACAAGACCCCGCUGCACAUAGCUGCCUCAGAGGGUCACUACAACAUUGUGGACCUGUUAGUGCAGCACGGAGCGGAGGUGGACGCCAGAGACAUGCUGAAGAUGACGGCGCUGCACUGGGCGGCUCAGCGCGGCCACAGGGAGGUGGCCGAGCUGCUGCUGAGGUACGGAGCCGACGUCCACUGCCUCAGCAAGUUCGACAAGACGCCCUUCGACAUCGCCAUGGAUACCAGCAACACUGAGCUGAUGAUAUUGCUACAGGACGGCAUGCAGAACCAGGUGAACGUGGACCCUGAGCCUCACUACAUCAUCCGAUCCGGUGGGAUGGUGAACCUCUCGGAGCUCGUCUCAAAAGCUUCCGCAGGCAAGUCUGAGGACGUCAUGGCGGCUGAGUCGGUGGAAACCCUUCAGCAUGUGGUGGGUGACGGGAGUCAGAGGGUCAUCACCAUAGUAACAGACCAACACGGCAACCUGCAGCCGGCGUCCCUGGGCCAGCAGUUCAUCUUCACACUGCAGGGCCAGCAGAUGGUGGCUGUGCCCGCCGGCUCGAUGGCAGAGGAGGUCGUGGGGGAGGAGCCUAUCUCGGCCACGCCCACACACAAGAGGAAGACAGACCCUACAGCCAAUCACAGCAUCUUAAAAUCCAAGAAGGUGAAGGAGAGUCGGGAGCAGCUGGAGCGGCAACUGCAGGAAGCCAAUCUGAAGGCUCAGGGGUACCAGCAGCAGCUCCUGGAGAAAGAGCAGGAGGCGGAGCAGUACCGCCUCAGACUGGAGCAGGCCAUCGCCACCAGCAACAGCAUCAACAACAACAACAUCACCACGACAACUGUUACCAUAAACUCUACAGUGAAGGAGGAGGAGGAAGAGGAGGAGGAGGAGGAGGAGGAGGUGGUGAUGCUGGAGGAGCAGCUGGAGACCACAGUGGAAGCUAAAGAGGUGGAAGACGAGGAGACGAAGCAGGAGGAUGAAGAGGAGGUCGUCUGUGAACUUCCAGGAGAGACACUUCCUGUGACUGAGUCUGAGAUGGAGGUGGAGACCGAGGGUUCAGAGGAGACACACAAAUCCUCCCCCGGUCAGCGAGGCCGAGGAAGAGGGAGAGGAAGAGGGAGAGGAGGACGCAGACACUAGCACCAUGAUUUGUGAUGAUCUAUUUCAACGAUCUUCAUAACCUUUUGUAAAGAUUAGGAAGACUUUUGUAAAUAUGUUCAUGCAGCACACUCUACAUCACUGAGAGGAAACAGUUAGCAUCACAGACUUUUAAACGAUCACCUGUAACAACAUGACCAGACUCAUAACUGAAAUGUUGAGAGGGAUUGAACGACAGGGGUCUCUCAGUGACUAAUGUCAAUAUUAAAAAUGAUGACGUGUGUUAUAUAGAUUGUGUUUAGAGUUUCUCUCCCCUGCCAGAAAUGCCUACAUUAGACUCAUGAACUUAUGCAACAUAAUGACAUCCCUAUGUAACACUGCGCUUCUAUUGGCUAACACAUUGUACCUGAAAGGGGCGGGACAUCUCUAAGCGGUUGACCAAUCACAAAAGAGCCGGCCAGCUAACCAAUCAGAGCAGACUGGGCUCUGGUUUGAGACAGAGGGUGAAAAGAGGUGCUGCAGCACAGGCAGUAUGAGAAAAAUAAAGAGAUAUUUGGACAUUAAAGCAUAGAGACAUGUCACAGUAGAGACACUACAUACUGAUAUGAAUAUGAAAAUGAGUAUAAUAGGGCGUCUUGAAGAUAGCAGUGCGGCAGUUGGCUGAUAAACAAUGCAGAAAUAUUGUUGUUAUUGUUUUUGGUUCUGAUAAAAAACAACAAUUUCAUUAUAUAUUAUAAUAACUAUAUUGACAGGUGUUCAUAUCCUUCCCUGGUACUAGAUAACGAACCUUUAAAAGUGUGUAAUAUGUAUUAUUCUUUGUUAUAUUUAGUUAUCUUUUAGGUCAAAUUAUUCCUUGCGUUUAUUUUUCAUGACAUAAUGUGUGAAAGGGCCUCCUGCGGUGAUGCCAGAGGAGGAUUGUUUCUCUGUGGAGGUGCACAGUCCGGUCAGAGAUAAUCAUGAAGCAAUUACAGUAAGAGCCCUCCAUGUUUCUUAUCAUGGAGCAGAUAGGAGCCGCUGCUGGGAUCAAGGACUCUUACACCGUAUCUUUUCUGGGAAUCAAACUUGUUACUUUUUUAAGCAGCUUUUUCACCACUCGACCCCCCCGAGUUCUCCUGCGGUGUGAUUUAAAUGAGUCACAACAAGACGAAUCUGACUGUUUUUAAACGUGAAAACCCACAACUCAAAAUUAUGUUUUACUGUUAAUUCUUUGUCUUUUGGCAGAUCUCACAAAGGGGGUUAUUUAAAUGUGACAUCAGUGCAACUCUUGACAGAUUUAAAGGCUUUUGUGUUUGUUUUUUAAACUAUAAAACAUUUGGUUAAGUGUACGAAGUGAGCCGAUAUCAAUAACAUGAAUUCAAUUGCUUUUUUACCCCAUUCAUUAUAAAGCCCAUUUUCUCAUUACUGAAACUGUCACGGGUAAUUUGUUAACAUGUUCAAGGUCUUUAUUCAACACAAAAGCUUAUUUUUUUGACACAAGUUUUUUAAAUGUAAUUAUGUGAGGCAAUAAAAGGAAUAGAGAAAAUGGAAAAACGUGUUACUUCUGAAAUUACAGUGCAAAUAGUGUAAAAAUGUAACACAGUCUUUAUGAGUUUGCUCAUGUGCUAAUUAUGUUUGAAUAACUUGUUUUGUGGUUCUGGUUUAAUGACUGAAGUGACACAACAUUUGUUUUAUUCAAUAAUGCUGCAUCUAGAACAUUUUAAAAUGUCUUUUAUAUUUCAAUAAAAAUGCUCUCUUUUAUUCACA